AGUUUUGUAUUUGUUACUAAUGCGUUUCUUUCGAUUUCUUUUUGGACUUCUUCUCGCUGCUCCGUACGUCCACAUCGCCGUUUAACCCUUCGGACACGAGGAAUCCCCCGUGUAACGAGCGCGAGCGCUAGCGCAAGCCCGAGACACGGACUGACUCCGCCCAUUGUAGUGACAAGCACACAUGUCGUAAUGCAAUUUCCACGGGAGCCACACCCCCUUCACGUAGCGUCCGCAAGUUCGUCAGACGCAUGGCGCGCUGCUAAACCCGGAAGUGGGCGGGAAACGGAGAGGUGGCGGGACGGUUGAGAGACGUCGUCUAGUGAGCGGUCGCCACUCAGGCUCGAAGAGGUGCGAGAUGGCCCGCGAGGCGAGGCUGACAGAGUCCGGCACGGAGCUACUGGCCAGACUGGGGGAGAGGCCAUCUCUGAAAAGUCUGCAGCUGCCGAUUUUCUCCGAAGUGGGAUUCCCAGGCCCUGGUGACGUCGUUGAACUGCAUGGAGCUGAAGGGACCGGCAAAACCGAACUCUUGUAUCACGUGCUGGUCCACUGCAUCCUGCCCACCGCCCAGGGGGGCCUAGAAGUGGAGGUCCUGUUUGUGGACACCGACUUCCACUUCGACAUGCUGCGGCUGGUGGCCCUCUUGGAGCACCGGCUGCCCGGGAGCCCGGAGGCGCUCGUCCGCCGCUCCUUGCGGAGACUCACGCUGGUACAGUGCAGUAGCUCGGUGCAGCUGCUGCUGACGCUCCGUUACCUCGAAAGCCUGCUGUGCGGCCGUCCGGCCCUCGGGGUGCUCAUGCUGGACAGUCUCUCGCCAUUUUACUGGACGGACCGGAGUGCCGGCCGAGAGGACACCCUGAGGCGGUGCUCGGAGUUUCUGCACAAGCUCGUCAAAGACUACCAGCUGCUUGUGUUUGCGGCCACUCAGGCCCUCAUGAGAGCAAAGUCGGGCGAGGGCAGAGCGGCGGCAGAGGGCGCCACGCCCAUGGACGGCUACAGGCCGUACCUCUGUCGCGCUUGGCAAAGGAUGGUCACGCACAGAGUGGUCGUGGGGCGGGCCGAGGGACCACUCUUCUCACUCGCCUCCCACAGCCUGAAGAGCAGACGCACAUGGCAGUGCCACUUUGGCAUCGGGGAAGGGGGGGUGCACUUUGUGUAGAUUGGCAUUGAUUGCAGUGACUGUGGAGUCCACCAGGGCUUGGGCUUUGAACCACGGCCUGCCAGUCUCCUCAUCUUAGGGGCUCUGUGGUUAGAAGCGCUGCUUGAUUUUUAUUCUGUCCGUUUCUCUCUGCCCAUUUUGUGCCCCUUUCUGUUUCCCCCAGCGUUGUUUUGUUGAGUUACAUUCCCUUCUGACGCUGAAGGCUGUCGUCAUGUUGAUUAUCACCGCUCUUCAAGUUGGUGGUGUUUACUAAGUAGAAGGUUGAAGCAGUGCCAACUUGUCACGUGGUGCUGAAUGUCACCGUGAACCUUGACAGGGCUGUGUCCUAUAAACUGUGGCGCUUGUGGCCCUGAAGCACCAUAGGAGGACAGGAGACUCGGGGUCAUGAAAGAGUGGCUCCAGCACACUUGUGACUUUCUGAGCCGCACGUCGUAUUGGCGUCACACUUCGGGUUCUCAUGGCUGCACCUCCUGGGCUGGCACAGGCCGAGUGUGAAGAUGAAAGUGUCGCCAUGCGAUCAGGUGCUGCGUUUACGUUGCCGAACAGAAUGAAGCUUUGAAGGUGGCACCAGCAGCAGACUGGGCAGGCGCUCAGUACCCCCAACUCCAUGCCACUGUUGCUCUUCGACAUGUCACGUCUGAUGUGUUUUGUAUGCCGCCUUUCGCCGAGUGCUGUCUCAACUUCACAGGUAAAAUAAAAUCCCAGCUUGACAAAGUGCUCGGCUUGAAGCCACCGACUAACACUCUACUUCAAAUCAGAAGAGAGGUGCCCUCCAUGCUGCACUCGCAUUCACCCAUGGCUCCCUCUAGUGUCCCAUUGUCCACACUACAUUUGUCACCGUGUGGGUGUGUGACACGCUGCUUACCUCUAAAACUAAGAGACGAGGUGACACAAGUGCCACAAACUACACAUCGCCAUUCCUAAACCCUGUAAAUGACGUGCCUGGCUGGCACCAUAACACACAAACCUCCACCAGCUGACCGUCACUUCCACUUAGGUUUGAAAAUGCCAGGACAUUCUGACCUGCGGAGUUGUGCUGCAUAGUGCCAGCUGUCUUGUCCCCAGCAGCCUUCAUGGCCCAUGAGUGGCUCCAGCCUGGCCACACAUCACAAAUUAUGCCCAGGGUCUCCUCCUUUAGGUGCCAGCCAUGGCUUGUGACUUCCCCUGAGGACUUUGUUACUGUGCCAGGUCAGACCCUCUCGCUCGUGAUCCAGACACUGCGCCGCUCACCCAUUCCCUGCGGCCCAUGAGUCGCGUGGCCUCAGCUUUGGCGGUGGGGUACCGAUCUGAGGAGUCCAAGAGGAUGGCAGAGACGCGGCCCUUAUGCUCUCAAACCGGACCCCCUUCACGUGCCCUUAAUGUCCUGUCUAUGAAAAGCAGGAAGACGACCCACCGAGUGAGGCAAAGUAGAGGACAGGAUGGCACUUGUGGGCCGCAUGGGGCACAUGUAGAAGGGACUCGGGAGAUAGUGGGACAGUAAACCCCACCACUGCCAGUCCCAAGGGUCUUGGCCAAAAUACCUAAUUAACCCUUGAGAUGCUGACACGAGAGAAUGAGGGUUAGAAGACCAGGAAAUAAAGCGGAAAAAAAAAAAACGAGGCAGCAAACUCGCGAGGGUAAAGCCACAGUCGUGGACCACUGCCAUGCCGGCUUUAACACGGCCACUUCUGGACGCCAUUACUCGUGCUGCACCCAUCCACAGCUCGAGUGCCCAGUCGGACCAUUUGGACAAAACCUCACUACCCCAAUUCUUAUGUAAGGCUGACCUUUCAAUAAAAGAAAUGAAAUAAA